AUGGGCUGCUUCUACGACAGCUUCGGGCAUGGUUUCUACGCCUCGGCUUCGAGCGUGAACGGCACCGGCGAGCUGUGCCUGACACGUUGCGCCGAUCCGGAAAGUCUUGCCUGCCGUGUGAACGGCUUCUUCAAGCUGGUGGACUCGUUGACCGAGUGUCGCCUGACCUGUGAUGCGCGCGAGGCCUGCAUCGGCUAUACCUUCAUGCCACAGGCGGACAGCCAGUCAUUUGCAAACACCUGCUACGUCCACGUCAGCAACACGAGCGAGCUUCCGGAGAUUCCGGAGGGCUGGGCACGCUAUCCGCAGAUGUACGCGAACAUCGCUGGCACCUCCGGUUCCAGCGCGGCCAUGUGCUACCGCGUCCAGGUGCGAGAUCCUUCCCUGCCCACCCAGCGUGGCUGCUACUUCCGCGAGGAGGGGGGCUCGCGUUGCGGUCACGCCCCCGCAACGUCUUGGACGCUAGACUUGUGGGGAACAGAGCACUGGCUGAGUGACACGGAGGCCACCUGCCUAGCACGGAAGGGGUCUCACGACAUUGCCUGCCUGACAAACAGCAGCUGGCUUUUCGUGCCGUGGAGCGCGGAGGUGCCCCCUGUGACAACUCGUGCAGUUUCCGAGCACCUCACCUGGCUGAUGAUUCAGGAGAUUCUCAAAUCCUCGGGCCUCAGCCGCUGUCGGCGGGUGCCCCUGAGCGUCGUGCCCGAAGUGGAGGGGCGCGGUGACGGCCGGCGGCGCCGCCGCGGCGAUCGCAGGCUGCAGAGCCAGGCGAUGCGGUUCAUCAACUCGUAUCUCUCAGAGCGCAAAGUCCUCGUGGCGCCCUACACGGGGGAGGUCAAGGAGGUGAUCAACAUGGCCCUCGUCGAAGGCAUCAUCGGAGCUUUCGAGGAUGGCACCUCCGGCCAGAAGGAGGCGGUGCUUCCAGGAAUCCUUGGGCUGCUGUCAAAGUGCCCGCUCGUGAGGGGCGCGAUGGCGGGAUCGGCAUUGGACAUGGCAGCGGACCAGUUCAUGUUCUUCGACGCGCGCGAGGAGAUGGAGGACUUUGCGCGCCGCCAGCCGGACGAAGUGCUGAUGGCCAUUGAGUUCCGGUCAGCAAACGCAAAUGGCGACUUCCCAGAGGAUCACAUGGAUGCGGAGUUCUCGAUCAGAGUCAAUGCCCAGCUCUUGCCAUCGACCUCUCGCAUCCUGAGGUCUGAGUGCCUCUUGAACCUUCCAAUCUGGGCAUUUGUCUUGGCUCCAACCAUGGCUUCGUCCAAGCGCGUGGUCGCUGUGACGGGCUGCACACGAGGAAUUGGCCGGGCCCUCCUGCAGUGGUUUGCCAAGGAGCACCAUGCCGCGGGCUGCGGGACCGCCCAAGCGGAGUUGGAGCUGCUGAGGCGAGCCCACCCGGAAGCCGUCAUCGGCGAGGUCAAUGUGCGCCAGGAAGAAGAUCUCCGGCGCUGGCUGGGCAGCAUCGCCGAAAAGUGGGGGCGCCUAGACAUGCUUGUCGCCUGUGCGGGCGCCAUGCCGAGCCAGGGCAGUGUUUGGGAGACGCCGGAGGAGGAAUGGCAGAGGGCCUGUGACGUGAAUGUCCUGGGCACCGUCCGCGCGCUGCGCCACGCCGUGCCGCUGAUGAAGCCUGGGAGUCUCAUCGUCCUCGUCUCCUCUCGCUACGGCCGCUCGGUUGUCACUGGCAAGGGCUGCUACAGCGCCACAAAGUGGGCCGUGGAGGCCAUCGGCAAGACCCUUGCCCUGGAGCUGCGCUCUGCCCAGAUCGCCGCGGUGACCUUGGACCCGGGCGUGGUGAACACGGAGAUGCUGCGGCAGAGCUGCUCCAGUGAAGAGGAGGUGGCUUGGUGCCAGGAGCAGCGCAGCGUAGAGGACUUCGCAGCCGCAACGGGGCCGUUCCUUCUCUCACUUGGCAUGGAGGACACAGGGAGGAACUUGGUGGCACCGGGAUGCCCUGAAAGCUACUACGAGACGGGCGUCGCCUACAAGGACCGGCCCGCGUGGGCCAAUGGCUUCGGUCCCUUCCGUCCUGCGCGUGAGGACAUCGCUGAGCCAGCGAGGAAGCGGUCGCGGGCGGCAGCCAAUGGGGGGCCGAGGAGGUACUUCAUCUCGGGCGUGAUGCUUGGGAGCCGGAAGAAGUUGAAGGAGGAGGAGGGGCUGCUGCCGCAGAACUACCGGCAACAGAUUGCAGAUGCCUUGCUGAAGGCUGAUCCGGAGGCGGUCAUCGUCGAUCCCCUGGAGGCAGUCCAGGCGCGUGCCGCCAGGAGUGGAGCGACCAUUGCUGACUGGAACAAGGACGACGCAGCCGUGCGAAGUGCCUUCAACGAGGUCGUGGACAUGGUCAAGGAGUGCGAUGUCAUUGUGAGCAACCUUCCGGAGGCCUCGAUGGGCAGCGCCGUGGAACUCUGGGAGGCGCGCCGUGCCGGGCUGUUGGUCCUGACGAUUUCGCCGAUGGCAGACAACUGGAUGCUUCGCUCUGUCACGGACACCUGGGUCUUGAUUCCGCUCCUCGAGUCGGGGCCGCGCUUGCCUGAUCGAUUGAAAAGAGCCGAUGAGGUGAUUGGCAGUGCUGCGGCGCGAUUUCAGGCCAUUCGAGAGGCGCGGAAGAGCGGCUCCUUAACCGUGGUGGGCCAGCACAGCGCCGCGAAUCUCCGCACUGAGCCUGGGCGCCGACUCCGUGUGAUGCUGGAGCAGUUUCCCUUGCCGUUGAUAGAAGUGGACAACUUCAUCGGCAUCAUCCAGUUCAUGAUGCCGAUGUUCCUGGUUCUGGGGUGGAUCUAUGCCGUGUCCCUAAUGGUGCGCGAGAUCGUCUACGAGAAGCAGGAGCACCUGCGCGACGUGAUGCGGAUCCAGGGCCUGAAGACCUGGGUCUACUGGCUGAGCUGGUUCAUGUCCGGCAUGGCACAGCUGACGGGCCUCGUGGUCAUCCUCACCAUGCUGCUAAGCCUGGGUGCAGUCCUGGAGCACAGCGACUUCUCCGUGCUGUUCGUCUUCUACUGGGUCUACUCUGUCUCGACCGUGUCCUUCGCCAUGUUCAUCUCCUCCUUCUUUUCGCGCGCCAAGGUGGCUGCGGCGUUUGCUGGGCUCAUCUACUGGAUGGCUUACAUGCCAUAUGCGCUCUACCAGGCCUAUGAGGAGUCCAUGUCCUAUGGCGCCAAGAACGCCAUGUGCCUCAUGUCCCCGACCGCCCUGGGCGUGGGCAUGCUCUACGUGGGCAAGUGGGAAAUCGUCAAGGAGGGCGUGCAAUGGCACAACCUCUUCGUCCCGCCGGGCGCCUGGAUGCAGUACCGGGCCCCGGCCGGGGGAUGA